UUUCUCAUACAACUUCGCAUUUACACACUAGUUGCUGGCGCAACUUUGUCGAGGAAAGUCGAUUCAAACGAUUAUUUCGACGUUCACGUGGAGUGGUUUUAUUUAUUUAGAUCGGCGAACCGGGUCGAUGGUUUAGUUUGUGUUUGGCGAUUUGGAUUUAAUUCGAGCGUGAUUUUUUGAUCUCUCCGACUCAUGAAUCGAAAAGUAAAAUGCCAGCCAGAUAGAACCAAGCAGCCAAAAUGAGAUGCGAAAUCAACAAAAACCUAAUCACACUGAAAUGCGUCCUGUUCCUGUUUUUCGGGGCUUUGGGGAGUCUCUUCCCCUUUUUGCCCAACCACAUGAACGGGAUUGGCCUGUCCCGGGACGAAUUCACCAUCAUUUCGAUCGUCUCGCCUCUAGUUGCGGUAAUCGGGCCUUUGGUGGCCGCCCCCUUAGCUGAUCGACUUGCAGGGGGGUAUGGAGGCUCGCCCAGGAGCAAGACAGGGAGGUAUCUCCGGGUCAUGAUUUCGGUGUGUCUGGGACUUGCCAUAAUCCUCUACUGGCUUCUACUGACAGUGCCAAGGAUCCAACGGAGUCCUUCAAGUGUUACGUUCACGUGUAAUGAGGAUGGCGCCUUCGUCCUUCAGAAUAAAUGUGGGCAUGAGAGGACGUGCCAUAGCUGGAAUGGGGAAAAAGGAGAAAUUUCCUUGCGGGAUUGUACGUUUUCCUGCAACGCCACGACUCUCUAUACUGGGGUUCCGCCACCGGAACCGUCACCCCAGACUAAGGAAAACGACACCACAACGGAAGACUAUUACGACGAUGCCAACCCUGCUAAUGAAGCUGAACCUGAUUUUGGUACUACUAUAAUCCCGGUCAGUAACAGCAAGGCCAAUCCUGGGAUUGUCCUCAGCCCCCACUUAUGCCACAAGACUGACAAAGAUGUAACAAUUUGUGAUGUCUAUACCAAAUUUUCCAAAACAAUACAAAUGCCCCUAAGUCUGAAAUCGACCCCUGCCACCUCCAGUAGCAACGAAACUGAAUCAGAAGACGACGAUAUUUGUCGAUACCCAGUUGCCGAUUAUUUCCACUGCAGGAUGCCUCAGGAAAUCGUCAAAGAGUUGAAAGCGACCGAGGACCCUUAUUGCCAACCCAUCGUCCUGUGUGCAAUCCACGAGCCGUACACUUCCGCCAGUUUACUCAAAACUUCCGAAUGCGGUUACAACGCCAUGAGUUUUUGGCUGUAUCUGGUCAUACGAUCAAUCGCUGAUAUUUUCCCCGCCGCAGCUGUGGCCCUUCUGAGCACUGCUGUGGUGAUAGCGACUCGGGAGACUUCCACCGGCCGGAGCGACAUCGGCAAACAACUAGCCGCUGGCGCUCUAGGUUUUGCCAUUUUCGCCCCGAUUAUCGGCGGGUGCGCUAAUGGAAACCUUAGAGACGCCCUAAUCUGCUUCACUGUGCUUAAUCUGCUCGCGAUUGUGAUUUUAUUGUUCGAUAAUAACAUGCCGUUGAGUCCGCCCGAAUGGUGGUGGUACACCCGCUGUGGCCUUCUGGCGCUUCCCAUGUCUUCGGUCCGGAAGUACCGCAACGAGGUGAUCGCCCUUGUGGUCGUUCUGUUCGUUUUGGGGAUUCUCUGGAACGCGAUUGACGCCUACUUGCCGUGGAACGCGGCCACAAUGCCCGACAGCUCGAACCUUAUAAUUGGGCUGACGGUGACGAUGGGCGCGAUCCCGGCCAUUUCCCUGCUGACUUUCGCCGAAAAAGUGGUCGAUUAUUGCAGCCACUCCAACAUUCUUAUCUUGUGUUUCGUCACUUAUGUCGUCCAUUACGUGGCCUUGGCGAAUAUAACGGAAGCUGCCGUUUUGCUCAUCUUUGAAGUUUUGGAGAUUUUUACGCUGCAUCUCAUGUGGGUUACUGCCAUACUUUACUUAAGACACUUGGUUCCGAGAAAAUACACUGCCUUGGGACAAGCACUGCCCGUCAUUGCUCAUUUCUGCUUAGGCCGUUGCUUCGGCGCUUUGAUCGGCCGAUUCGCCUACACCCUUUAUCCGGAGAAGGUGAAAUAUCCGGACAACCACGGCCCCGUCUACGGGGGUCUAGCUAUCGCGGCUGCAAUCAUAGCAGCUCUCUAUUUCGUAGCAUAUCACUUCUACCUGAAGCCCUAUUGUGUGCCGCAUGUUCAACUCCCGCCCUAUCCGGCACCUUCGGUUGUCCAAAGUGUGAAUGGGAACGGGUCGUAUACCCCUCUCAGAGUGUAUCACAACGGAAGGGCGAAGAAAGGGCACUUUAGAUAUUAGCUAUUUAUGAUACUCUGUGUAAAAGGAGCUUUACGUAACUGUAAAAUAUUUAUCCGCGAGGCUUUAGCCCCAUUUUUUGUACAUUUCGCAGCUUUAAUAUAAUAUUAAUAUAUUGAUUGAAUGUUUUAUAUAUGAAAUGUGUACAUCGUGCUUUUUCUUGUUGUUUUGUAAUUGUCACGUUUUAUUGUUUUGUAACGUUUUGCAAUUCACUCCAAUAUGGAUAUCGCAACUUUGUAUAAAUGGAUAUUUUUUUAAUGAAAUUAAUAAAUUAUUAAAGUAG